AUGGCAUCGCAGUCACCACCCUCAUUACCCUCAACAAUGCGAGCGUGGCAGUUGUCCACGGCCCAUGGCGGCGUAGAGAAGAACCUCAAAUUGAACACCUCGGCGCCACUGCCGCCUCACGACGACCAAGCCCUGGGCAAGAAUAAAGUGCUCAUCCAAGUUCUCACCGCGUCCGUGAACCCCAUCGACUACAAGCUGGUUGAGCUACCGGUAGUCGGGCGUAUAGCGGUCAAGAGGCCGUUUUGCCCCGGUCUGGACUUUGCAGGGCGAGUGGUCAAACCUGCUGCUGGAGUAGCCUCAGAUUUCCCGGUGGGACAGCUCGUUUUCGGGCGUCUGGCUAUGCCCAUCUCGUUCGGCACACUCGAAGAUUAUACUGUUGCACAGGCUGGGCAACUAGCAAAGCUCCCGCGAGGAGUAUCUAUGCAGGAUGCAGCUUCCGUCGGCACUGCCGGGUUGACGGCCUAUCAAUGCAUCGUUCCAAACGUCAAAGCGGGAGAUAGGGUCCUCAUCAACGGGGGUAGCGGGGGAACAGGCGUUUGGGGUAUUCAGUUUGCUAAAGCUAUCGGUUGUUACGUGGCAACGACAUGCUCGGAAAAGAAUGCCGGGUUCUGUCAAGGACUGGGCGCCGAUGAAGUGAUCGACUAUCAGUCCCAGAACGUCGUUGAUGCUCUCAAGAAAAGCACCGGGGAGUCAGGGCACAAAUUCGACUUGGUGGUCGACAAUGUAGGAGCAUUACCGGAACUGUACUGGGACUGCCACCAUUUCACAAACCCUGGAGCCAAGUACGUGCAAGUUGGCAGCGAGCUUUCAUUGGGCGCAAUCUUUGACAUCGCAAAGAGAAUGCUGUGGCCGGGAUUUUUGGGUGGAGGAAGACGGAAGAUUCAAUUCCUCCACGUCCAAGCAAACCGGAAAGACCUGGAAAGUAUCGGAGAGUGGAUGAGUCAGGGAAUCGUCAGGGCUGUCCAAGAUUCGGUCCUGGGUAUGGAGGACGUCCCCAAGGCGUUCGAACGGCUCAGGACACAUCGGGCCCGGGGCAAAGUCGUUGUCACGGUGAAUGAAUGA